AUGCUCGCCGAAACAAAGAACGUCGUCCUGAUCCCCGUCGACUCGGUCUCGGACCAGACCAGAUCGAUCCUCAACUAUGCCUUUGAGAAGCUCAUUACCCCCGCCGACGAGGUGGUGGUGUUGAACGUCCUCCAGCACAACCUUGAGGCCACUCUUGACGAACAAUACGAGCGUCUCCAGCUUGAAGAGGCAAGUGUCCCUGAGCAAGCGUCUCUGUGCAAGCGUCCUGUCGAUGGCACGGGCUUUGAAUCCAUCAUUCGCCAUGUCGCAACCGCCCGCACCUUCGAGGCUCUCGUCAGAGAGAUCGUCAAGGCUCACGGCGCCAGCAACAAGGUCGGUGUCUCGGUUGUCUAUGGCGAAGCCAGAGGCAUCAUCACCAUGGAGAUGCAAGAACGCCGUCCCCGUCUGAUCCUGAUGGGAAGCCACAAGAAGGGAAUCCGCCCGUCUCUUGGCAGCAUCGUCAGCCAUGUCGUCCACCGGGCCGAGUGCCCUGUCCUGGUUCUUCCCAACACCGUUGUGUCGACCACCCCUGCCACCCAGUCUGGCCCAAAAGUCGAGAUCCAAGUGUGCUAG